AUGGGAUCAAUACGAAUGCGGGAAGCCAUGAUGGCUUUCCUGCUUCCUUGCCUAGUUCUGGGAGUGCGAGCUAUCGAGGUCGCAAAGCUUAGGCAAUGCAUGGACAGCUUUAAGGACAGCACAAACCUGAACUUGGUCUGUGAGAGCUCCGACAGCGCGACAUCGCUGGAGCACUUGGUUCGCGAUUACAUGGCCACUUGCCUUGAAGAAGACCUCCGUGCUAUCCGUCUCACCGUCCCAAACACCUCCCUCGUUCCCGUCCUCGAGCGACAUGCCGCGACGUUCCGAAAUUUGUACAACGUCUCUGUUCAGUUCAACGUGCUGGGAGUGGACAAGAUCGCUGCAGAAGUCCGCGGGGAGGCAUGGCAGCAGCUGCAGGGGUUCAGCGAUGGCUGGAUCGUGGACCCGUCAGUUACAGGAGAUCUCGCGGCCGCAAACGCGCUGGCAAAUUUGACGGCCUACGUUUUCACGGAUCAGGACCUGGACUGGUCUGACGUGGCAAACUUUUUCCGUACGAUCUCUGCUUACUUCAACAAGCGCAUCAUUGGCGUGCCGCUGGACGGCGACCUGCUGCUGACGUACUACAGGCGUGACCUGUUCACCAGGUAUAAUCUGUCGGUUCCGAUGACCUGGGACGAUUUCACCGACCUGGCAGAGUCUAUGAAUGGCACAGACACGGACGGCGAUGGUGUGGGAGACCUUUGGGGCGUGUGUUUUGAUAACUCGCCGCUUACGUGCAAAUCCUCCUGGAUCCUGACUGCCAUACUGGCUCCCUACGUUCAAUACCUGGGCACGCAACAGGGCGCCUACAUUGACCCGGCAAGCAUGCGGCCGCUCAUCAACAACGCAGCGAUGGCCCGCGCCGUACAACUGUACCGCAGACUUUUCGCCGUUCAGCCUAGGCCGACGGGCUGUGCUGCCACAAAUCCAUUUUUCGACAAGGGCAACUGUCUAAUGACCGUAAACUUUGGUGACCAGUUCAAGGUCAGCGCACGGCAAACCCUCCAAAACAAUAUCAGCUACGGCAAUCCUAGCUUUGGUGGCUGGCAGCUAGGCGUGAGCCGGCUGCCGGGCUCUCCGGAAGUGUUGAACCGGACUACUGGCAACCUAGUCAAGUGUACGGGCACUGCCACGUGCCCCUAUGCAGAACUGGUUCAACUGGCGGACCGAAGUAGCGCUUGGGUGAAUUUUGCCCCAUUCAGCGCAUUUGGCGGUUGGACGGGGAUGGUCAAUGCACGUACCUCUACGGAAUAUCAGCUGUUGGCUUUUAAAUUCUUCUCCCACAUGUCAAUGCCCGAGAACAACAUCGUGGACGUGCUCGAUCCCACCAGCGGUAUUGACCCCUACCGCACCAGCCAGCUGACACUCAGCCCUAGCAACCUGGCGCUAUGGGCAGACAGCGGGUACGACACCAAUGCAACGUCGUCGUACUUGAAGGCCACGGCGGAUGCGCUAAACUCCGGGAAUGUGGUUCUAGAUGUACGGCUUCAGACCAUGGCCACCGUAACUCGCUACGUUGUCGGUUCUGUGGCCGACAACGUCACCUGGCUUCAGCAGCCCGUGCCGGAGACGCUGGCCGCGGGGCAAUUCAUUAUGGAAUAUGUCCUCAACAACAGCGGCAGCAGCAUGAGGGACUUGCAGUUGCAGUACUGGCAGCUGAUUGGUUCCUCGGGUGACGGAGGGCCGCCUAAGGGCCCCAAAUCGGCGACGUCCAGCGGUGACGAGGACAUGGACGGAGAAGCCGCGGCUCUGAGCACUCGAACAACUGUACUGCUAGCGGUGCUCAUCCCGGCGGGCGCCGUACUGCUGGCGACGGCGGUGGGGGUGCUGGUGUGGCGCCGGGUGUUGAGCCACCGCGACCCGCUGUACGGCAACGUCAAAGCGCCCACGGCAGGACCUCAGACGAGCCUGCUGAUAACGGACAUCCAGGACUCGACAUGUCUUUGGGAGGCCCUGCCGGACAGGGUCAUGGACGAAGCCCUCGAAAUACACCAUGCCGUUGUACGGCAGGUGCUGACGAAGCAUAACGGCUAUGAGAGCGCGACGGAAGGCGACUCCUUCAUUUUGGCCUUCCACACGGCGGAGGAGGCGGUCGCGUGUGCGAUGAGUGCCCAGCAGCAUUCAGCGCUACAAGAGAUGCUGGGGGGCAGCAGCUGUGAGCUCGAAGGCGCGCACGGGCGGCCCUUCUGUGUCGUACGAUGCUGCUGGGGCACCGUUGCCGCCGCCGCCGCCGCCGCCGCUGCCAUCUGGCCCCGCCCACGACGCAUACCCAUGCGCCGUACAUCUGGCAACACGCAGCAUCAAAUCUUCGCCUCCGUCACCGCUGCUGCGUCCGACGCCGGCGGCGGCGCCGCGGCGGCGGUGUCCGUCCGCCCAUCCAAAUGCGUGCUUCCUGAGUGCGUGCUUGCUUUGAUGCAUGGCCAGAGCGAUGUUCGGCAAUCGCUCUGGUCUAACCAAUCUUUUUGCGUUGUCGGACUGGGUGAGGACGACGGGACCCCAACAGUCUACCAGAACUGGAGCGCUUCCAUAGAGCGCCAUCUCCACCUGGGCCCCGCGGACUCGCCGACAACAUCCACAACUCCAUCAUCAUCACCAUCAUCAUCAUCAGCUGUCAACCCCCUCUUCUGUGACGGUGCAGGCGGAGCCGGCUGCGGCGCUUCAGGUCCCGGGUUCGAUUCCGGUCGACUACUAAUUGAUCAUAUCCGAUCGGUCUGGCUCGCGUAUGACCCGCAAGAGGCAGCAUCUUGUACCCCUGUCGCCGCCGCCGCUUGUAUCACUGCCAACCAAACACGGUACGGUGCAGUACAUUACGGCGCGGACAGUAGCGCCGGGGCGGUGGCGGCGGCGGCGGCUAUCGAUGACUGCAGAAAGGAUCCGGAUCAUUUCGAGAAGGUAGCUGCGGCCACUUCCUGGGCGGCAGGCGGUGCCGCCGCCGCUGCUGCCGGCGGCGGCGUGUUGCCGUACAGUGGCGGGGACCUGGUGCCUUCAAAGCUUAUUGCCCCUAACCCCGCUGUACGACAUUACCUGGUGUUUCGGGGCCUACGAGUACGGAUGGGCAUCCAUUCGGGUGUGCCGGACGCCGGUGAUGUGAUGUACAAUCAGGCCGAGGCGCGCUAUCAUUACGCGGGUGGUGGAAUGGCCAUAGCACGGGCAGUGCAGGGCGCUGCGGCUGGCGGCCAGGUGUUGCUCAGCGACUCUACCUUUGCGAGAGUGCGUGAUGCUCAGCAAAGCAAACGGCUACGGGAAACUGUGCCGCUGCCGCUUUCUCCAUCCCUGCCCAUUUCUACCUACUCUAAAUCGCAGCUCAUACACGCUGGGGAGCAUGUGGUUGGAAGUAAGCUGCCUGGCACGCAACAGCUCUACCAGGCACUGCCCCGACAACUGCUGUGCCGCCUGCCACUGCAUCCUCCCCUCAAAGUCAUUCGCACGAUAUCCGCCGGCGCCCUGGAGGCGCCCGUGGGUCGCGUCGCGGUUGCGUUCGUGUCGGUGGUGGGUGCAGCCGCGUUGCAGGCCUGGGACCCAGAAAUCACCAGGCGGGCGCUGGAGGUUUUCCUUCAAGUAUUUUUGGCCACGGCGGCGACAACGGCGACACGCGGCAUGUACCUGGUUGAGUGUACGGGCGGGCUGCUCCUGGCGACGUUUGCAAGUGCCGCUGAUGCCCUGUCCACCUGCGCGGCCCUGCAAGUGGGGUUGUUGGUGGCGGACUGGCCCCAAGAGCUCCUAGAACAUGACCUGUGUGAGGAGUGCUACUGCUGCUACCGCUACUGCUACUUUCCGCAGGUGACUAUUGCGACACCACAGGUGGAGGGGACCAUUGUACGAGGGGUGCUAUUUCGUGGUCUAAGGGUCAAGGUGGGAAUUGACUACGGGCCUGCACGGGCCGCACUCAAUAGAGCUACAGGACGCAUUGCAUAUCGUGGCCGGGUAAUGAAUCGAGCUGCACGAAUCAAUGCAAAGGGUGCAUCGGGACAGGUCCUCUGCUCCAGUGCGGCCUGGCAAGCGGCGAGCGACUCGGCAGAAGGGGGCCCCGCCGCUCUUGGCCUGGCCGCGCUAAGUCUGGGCUGGGCCGCCCUCAAGGGUAUCAGCGAACCAGUAGAGCUUUUGGAAAUUCGUACUCUUCCAACAGCACCGCCGCCGAAGGGCGCCUCGACAACAAAACCAGGCCGGAUCGUGCAGCAGACAACACCGCCAUCUGUGGCUGUCAGCCCACCGCCUGAUGCCGUCGCCGCCGCCGCCACAGCCAUUGCCGUAACUAGCACUGCUGCCGUCAGCGUCGGUGCACGAAAGCUGCUGCCGACGCCUCCCCAUGACGGCGCCGACGGCCUUGACCGCCCUUUGAUGAUGGCGACCCGAGGUGACGUCGUAACCUCAUGUACGACAGGCAGCGGCACCGCGGCCGCCACUGCCGCUGCCGCUGCUGCUCAGGCGGCGCCAAUACAUAAUAAUUCCUCUGACGCCGACGCUGCAAGCAACGGCGACGUCGUUGUCAACGUCAUCGGACCUUCGCAAGCAUCGGUGCUGAUGGGAGGCAUCAGACAUGAUGCAUUAGGAUUACUGUGUGACGGCAUCACAGUCGAUGCGAACCGCGGUGCGGCGGCAGCGGCGUCGGUCGCUGCCGCCGCCGCCGCCGCCACGGCCAGCGACACGACAGCGCUGCCCACAGCUGCGGAUGGUGUUCAGCCGCGGGUGGUAUGCAGCGGCAGGAGCUUUUCAAAUCUCGUGCCGCUGGGUACUGAGGGCCAAUGGGGGCCUGGGGCCCCCAGCAUGCCACGACGUACGAGUCAGCGGCUGUCGGCGGCUGCGGCGGACUCUCUGAUGGCCACCUCAGUGUCGAAUAUCCGGGGGGCGCCGGCGGCGGCGCCGGCAGCGGCAGCGGCGGCGGCGGCUCUGAUGCAGUCACCGGCCGUACAGCAGUGCCAGUGGUUCCCGUCACGACCGGCUGUGUACACGGCCCUUGGACCUGAGUACGACAUCAGGGGCGGCGGCGUCUGCAGCUGA